GCUACAGAUCAGAAGUUGCGUUGCUGCUGUUAUUGCCGAUAGUGUCAAUUUAUUACCUUUGUCUCUCGGAUUAAUAUAUUACUUUUAACAAAGCUCUGUGACGCGGACAAAAUGGAGCGCGAGCUGGACGUGCUUCUUUUGCGCAAGAGGCUCGUGCUCUUGCAGCUGCUAGUUAAGAAAAGAGCACGAGUAGAGCGUAAAUGGUGGGUUCGCCCAAUCUUCGAGAAGCGAAGAGAAGAAGGACUUUACCAUACUGCGAUGAAACGUAUGAGAGACGGCGACGUCGACUUCUUUGUGAGGUUUUACCGCAUGACUCCUCCGACUUUUGAUGAACUGCACGACAUGGUGAAGGAGGACCUGACACGGCAGUUCUUCAUCCGUGAGCCGCUUCCAUCGGAAGAACGCCUUGCGAUUGCCCUGAGCUACCUAUCAUCUGGCCAACAGAUCAAGGACGUGGCCCUGCUAUACAGGGUUGGGCUGGAAACAGCGCGACAGGCAGUCCAUGUCACGUGCCGGGCCCUGUGGGAGAGGCUGCACCAACCAUUCAUGAAGCCUCCUACUGAGGCUGAGUGGGUGGAGAUCGCGGAGGGGUUCAGGAGGAGGUGGCAGUUCCCCAACUGCCUAGGAGCUGUCGAUGGCAAGCACGUUGCAAUCACCUGUCCCAAGGACUCUGGCAGCGUUUUCUACAAUUACAAGGGCACUUACUCCAUAGUCCUGAUGGCUGUGGUAGACAGCAAGUACAAGUUUGUGCUUAUUGACGUCGGUGCAGAGGGACGACAAAGUGAUGGCGGCAUUUUCAAGGCCUCCGAGAUUGGUCAAGGCCUAGAUCAAGGCACACUCAACCUGCCGAAGCUGGGAGUGCUCCCAGGGUGUCAAAAGCCACGCCUGGUACCCUACGCAUUUGUGGGCGACGAGGCGUUUCAGCUUCGCACCGACUUUCUCCGCCCAUAUCCGGCGAAAGGUCUUGCUGAUGAGAGGAGGGCCUACAACUACAGACUCAGUCGAGCUCGGAGGUGUGUGGAGAAUGCCUUUGGGAUCAUGUCCGCCCGGUGGAGAAUUCUCCUCCGGACAAUCAACCUCCUGCCAGAGAACGUCGAUUACGUCAUCAAGUCCUGCUGUGUCCUGCACAACUUUCUCUUGGCACACAGCGAACACCCAGCAGCCUAUGCUGAUCAAGACGACAACAUGGGAAACCCCACGGCAGGAGGGUGGCGCCGCGAGAUCCCAGACUCAGCGAGGGAAUUGCUGUUUCCGCUGGAGGCCACACGUGCACGGAACUUUGGCGAUGAUGCAGACUUCGCCAGGAAGAUGUACAUGUAUUAUUUCUGUAGUCCUGCUGGGGAGGUUUCCUGGCAGUGGGACCAGCCUGGCGUGAACAAACAGGUUGCACGAAGCAACCUGCGAAAGCUCGGAGUCCAUGUGAACCUCAUGUAAAAUUUUGAGUCAAGUUGACAUUUAUUUGGCGAACCUCGGAAGACACAAAACAAAAUAUUAACUAGAUUCUGAACUUUAAUAAACACAAUAGACCAUUCGCAAUAUCCCCCAAGCGCCCUGGCCCAUGCUAGAGGAAUCAUGGGAACGGUGUCCCUUCAGCUCCUUAGUGAUCGGUAAU